UAUAGAUCUACUGACUAUGUGUAUAGCUUUGACGACCCUUUACAGAGAAGGCCUUCAUGCAGCGUGCUGGUGUAGACUCUUUGUAGCUAGUUCCUGACUUCCUGGACGAGUAAGGAGAAGCAAUGAGGUGGUUUGUGCAGAUGUAUAGAUGGCGUGCUCUGAGCAGUGCCUUGUGGUUGUGUGUGUUAGCAGCUCCUCUCCUCAUGCUGUAUACGACUCUCACCUCUCCCUACCAUCACCCACUCUCCUCAGGUGGACUGUCACUCAACAUUUUCUUUCUUUAUUGCCUCUUUCUGUCCUCGCUUAUGGUUGUCAUGGUGAUAUACACCGUAACGACCACAGCUGAGCUCCCAGUGUAUGCUACUAGAGUAUCAAUGCUCUGGUCUGUGCUACGCCCCACCCACCUCGUAACUGUGGCCGUGUUUGGAUUUAGUGGAGGGGUCAAAGGUCACUGCCUUUCUAGUCUCGCUGGGUACAGAGUGUGGAGUGGAGAGUGGGCGUUCCUUACUGCCCACGCAACUCUAGCCGGUGUGGCUUGGGGGGUGCGCUAUUAUGUUGACAAGCGGAGAGUACUAGUGCUGCCCUCUAUUCAACAAGGGGCAUUAUUCUCGUUGCGUGGUCACACUCUGGCUCACUGUACACAAGGACUAGUCAUGUCACUCAAGGACCUACGCUGGAUCUACCCUCUCUACUUGUUGUGUCAUUGGUAUCUCUCGUGGGAGGUGUGGUUGACCUUUGAACUUGUGAUCCUACUGUUACUAACCGGCACACUGAGUCAAGCCUUGAGAAGCUUCGCUCUGACACUAUUCCAAACCUUCCAAACACAGGCUAUAGCCUUCCCAAUAGUGGCCAUGUUUGCCAGUGAGUCAGACCAUCUACUAACACACGCUCUCCAGGCUAACAAUCCUCUGCUCAGAGCACUGGGAUUCCUGGAUGUGUGUAAUCUGGCCACUCUGCCAGGCCGGAGAGCACAAGUGUUCAGUUUGGACCGAGCUGGUCAGCCGGGUGUGUGGAGAGAUGUCUCUACACAAUGUCUCACUCUUAUACACAAGCUCACCAACAAAUUGACAGGAGGAGAUUCCUCUACUGUAUCCAUGGAAACCACCACUACCUCUCGUACUGAAGUACUUCCCCCUGAGAGGGGUUGGUGUUCAUUAGAGCCCCCCCCACUGACAAGAAGGGGGGUGGUUGAGAGGGGGGCAGGGCUCUGGUCCUAUUCUCCCCCCAGUAAUGUCACCUCCCUACAACCACCACCACCACUGGACAACACACACAGCUUAGCUAACCAGUUGAGUGGCUUGUCUGGCAGAGUGAGGGGAAUACCCGCUGCAUUGGUGGAGGCUAUAAAGAGAAAGCCAUUCUUCAUUCACUUCCUCUCUACAUUGCCGGGCUCUGAUGAGCAAACGCUGUAUUCUGAUAGUAGACUAAUAGUGUGUGCAGUGAGAGGAUUGUCAGAGCUAGCAGUGGCCUCGUACACACAGGACCAGUACGGAGUAGUCCAGAGGAGCCUGGGUCAAGUGGUGUCCUCUCUCAUACACCUCUCCAUGGCCCUGGACAAACACGUGAAGGCCCCACUCAGCAGUACACCUAGUACAGGGGAUGCUUUGAUGGCUCUGGAGAAAAACAGCAAGUAUGCCAUCAAGACAGCUGUACUGACUGCCCUGCAUCGAUUAGAGGCAACCUUUACAAGAGAGAGAAGAGCAUUUGCACUAACUGACCAGCAGCUCAAGUAUUGGACCUCACAGCACUAGCUAGGAACAGAUAUACAUGAUGCACUGUGCUUAAUAACAUUAAUUUUUGUGCAUUGUGACGACCAUUUCCAGAUAAUAAUAUUUGCUUCAUAA